AAAAGCAGAAAACAAGUGUGUAUGUGUGUGUGUGAGACAUCAACAAAGAAAAGCAACUUCGUACAUAAGAGAAUUGCUUUUACCUUCUACUUUGAUGUGCUUCCCUUGUUCCAUUCUGCUCACUGUCAUUGUUCCAUAAUCAUGGCUUCCAAUCAAGUUCUCGUCCUCCUCUUCUUCCUCUUCUUCUUCCUCUCUCGUGCACCUCUUUCUUCUUCUUCAGAGCCUCGCAACCAUGAAGUGGAGGCUUUGAUGAGUGUCAGAGCUGAACUGAAUGAUCCUCAUGGUGUGCUCAACAACUGGGAUGAGUUCUCUGUUGACCCUUGCAGCUGGGCCAUGAUCACUUGCUCCUCUGAUUACCAUGUUAUAGGCCUGGGAGCACCUAGUCAAUCUCUCUCUGGUACUUUGUCUCCAGCAAUUAGAAACCUUACCAAUCUUCAACAAGUGUUGCUGCAGAACAAUGACAUCUCUGGCAAAAUACCACUAGAGCUUGGUUUGCUUCCCAGGCUUGAGACUCUAGAUCUUUCCAAUAACAGGUUCUCUGGGGUGAUUCCAGGGUCUCUUGGUCAGUUGAAUAGUCUCCAAUAUCUGAGGCUGAACAACAAUAGCUUAUCUGGACCCUUUCCUGUGUCAUUAGCCAAAAUCCCAGAACUUGCUUUCUUGGACUUGUCUUAUAACAAUCUCAGUGGACCCUUGCCUAAGCUUCCAGCUAGAUCAUUUAAUGUUGUAGGAAACCCAUUAAUUUGUGGAAGCAGCUCCACUGAAGGUUGUUCUGGUUCAGCAACAUUUCUACCUGUUUCAAUUUCUCUAGCAUCAUCUCAAGGGAAAUACAAGUCCAAGAAACUAGCACUGGUUCUUGGGAUUAGCCUUAGUAGUGUUUGUCUCGUCUUCCUGUUUUUGGGGCUUUUCUGGUAUAGAAAGAAAUGGCAGAACCAAGCAAUCCUGUACCUUGGUGAUUAUCAUCUGGAGGAGGAACUUGUUAGCUUGGGAAAUCUGAAAAAAUUCACUUUCAGAGAGCUCCAAAAUGCAACAGAUGCUUUCAGCUCCAAGAACUUACUUGGUGCUGGAGGCUUUGGCAAUGUUUAUAGAGGGAAACUUGGAGACGGUUCAAUGGUGGCAGUAAAAAGGCUAAAGGAUGUGACUGGAAGUGCUGGUGAAUUACAAUUCCGAACAGAAAUGGAGAUGAUCAGCUUGGCAGUUCACCGCAAUUUACUUCGCUUAAUUGGAUAUUGCGCUUCUCCUAAUGAAAAGCUUCUGGUUUAUCCUUUUAUGUCCAAUGGCAGUGUGGCCACCAGGCUUAAAGGCAAACCCGCUUUAGACUGGAAUACAAGAAAGAGAAUAGCAAUUGGAGCUGCCAGAGGUCUACUCUAUCUACAUGAGCAGUGUGAUCCUAAGAUAAUACACAGAGAUGUGAAGGCUGCAAAUGUGCUUGUGGAUGAAUAUUUUGAAGCUGUUGUUGGUGAUUUUGGCCUUGCAAAGCUCCUUGACCAUGCUGACUCCCAUGUCACCACCGCUGUCCGCGGAACUGUCGGGCACAUAGCACCAGAGUACCUCUCCACUGGUCAAUCGUCUGAGAAAACUGAUGUAUUUGGAUUUGGCAUUCUCUUGUUGGAGCUCAUAACUGGAAUGACAGCUCUCGAGUUUGGAAAAACACUGAAUCAGAAAGGAGCAAUGCUAGAGUGGGUGAGGAAAAUACAGCAUGAAAAGAAAGUAGAACUGUUGGUGGACAAGGAACUAGGGAGCAACUAUGACAGGAUUGAAGUUGGGGAAAUGCUGCAAGUAGCUCUACUCUGCACUCAAUGUUUACCAGCCCUUCGUCCCAAAAUGUCUGAAGUGGUCCGAAUGCUUGAAGGCGAUGGUCUUGCUGAGAAGUGGGCAGCAUCACAUACUAAUCAUGGCAGUCUCAGUCUAAACAACACCCUCCACAGCAAUUGCAGCAAAAGCUCAUCUCAUCAUUCCAAUGCUUCAAACCAUGAUGACAACAAUAAAGCUCAUUAUGAUCGUUCCAGCACGUUUGGCAUGACAAUGGAUGAUGAUGAUGGUGAUGAACAUUCUUUGGAUUCCUAUGCUAUGGAACUCUCUGGUCCUAGGUAACCAAAAAAAAGAUUCUGGUUCAAAACACACCAAGAUAUAGAAGGAGAAUGAAUUCUUUUGGUUCCUGUCAAUAUUCUUUAGAAAAGGGGUUUUAUUGAUAUUGAUUGUUCUAGAAUAUAAUCUUGUAUAUACUCUAUAUGUUAAAUUUUGUCAUGUUUGGUUUGUUUCAUUUGGGUACAAAGAGACUAUGUAUAGGUGAAGGGAAGACAAUCAUAUUUUUUUUCUUCUUCUCAAGUGUUUGAGCCUUUGAGGCAAAAUUAAGUGAUAAUUUUUUCACACC